AUGGAUAGUAUUAAUUAAAUAGCUUUAAAUCGUUUCGAAAUGGCAGCUAAUGAUGGAAAAGUGAAUUCUGAGUAAGUGAUAAGCAUUUUACAAAGUUUAAAUUAUACUCCUUCAGAUAUCUUUAAAUUAGUAUCUCAUAUUACAAUUGAUAUUGGUAUUUACAAUCAAUAUUUGAGAUAUCCAUAAAUUCAAAGAAUUAUUAUUUAUAUAAAAAGAAGAACAGAUGUAAGAAAGAUUAACAAACUCUUAAAUUAAGGAAAUUGAAAAUGAAUUUUAAUAAGCUGUCAAAUAUGGAAAUGUUGAUAAGGUUUUGCAGUAUUUGAGUAAAUAUUCUAUUCUAUAUACUGAUUAGAUAAAUAUCAAAAUCACAUUGAUCUAGCAAACAAAAUUGAACCUUAAAAUAGGUAGAUUCCUACUUAUGAUGCAGUUUAAGCACCUGCUGAAUAUUAAGCAUAUUUAAUACUUAAAACACUUUAUGAUUAUGGAUCUGAUAUACAUUUCAGAGAUGCAAUGCAAUAAUCUAUAAUAUUUUAUAUAUGUAGAGAUGGAAGAUGUUAAUUAUUUGAUUUCUUAAUAUCUAAAGGGUUGAGUGUUAAUGAAUAGGAUAUUAAUGGUCAGACUCCUAUUUUUUAUGCAGCAAGAGAGAAUAGAGUAGAAAUUUUAUAAAGAUUAAUUAAAAAUGGGGCAAAUGUUAAUCAUAGAGAUAAAAUCUUAGAUUAAACAUGUCUUUUUUAUUCAGCCAAAGAAGGUCAAUUAUAAACUUGUUAAAUUUUGAUUGAUGUAAUUAUUUUAUUAUAAUUCAAUUUAGGCAGGUUGUAAAAUAAGUCAUUAAGAUGUAACCAAAAAAACUGCUAUUGCUUAUGCUAAAAAGUUUAAUAGAAAAGAAGUUUAUGAUUUUUUGAUGAUAGAGGUUUAGAAAUAAAAGGAUGAAGUUAAUUAAAAAAGAGAUUAUGGUCAUUCAAAAUUGGAAUAAAAAAUUAAUAGAAAGAAUAAGUUAGAUAUAACUAAAUUCUAAUAUAAAUUAAUACAUAUGGAUGAUAAAGGAAUAUCAAAGGAAGUAACAAAUGAGGAUUUUGAAAGAUUUUAAUUAGAAUUUCCAGAGAUUGCAAAACUUAUUAUAAAUCCUGAUGAUACAAUAAAUGAAUUAAUGAUUUCAUCUAUCAAUUAAGAUUAGAUGUGGAAUUAAAUUGCAAUAAAAAUAUUAUAGUAACUUUAGAAAUUAAAGUAAAGUUGGUAUUUUCUUGAACCAGUAGAUGUCAAUAGAUACUAAAUAUUUGAUUAUUAUGAUAUUGUUAAGAAUCCAAUGGAUUUAGGGACUAUAAAAGUAAUUAAUCAAUUGUGAAAUAGUCUAAAUUACAAAAUAAUUCAUAUAAAUGUUUUAAAGAAUAUCAUAUUGAUAUGCUUUUAGUAUUUGAGAAUUGUGCACUUUAUAAUAAAAUCAAUUCAGAAGUUGGACAAGCAGGUGUAAAAAUGAAAUUAGAAUAUUUAAUAUUGCUUGAAUAAUGUGGCAUCAAUAAAUAAAAUUAAUGA